GCGAGAAGAGAAAGCAGUAGAGUGGUAGGCGAGUCGCUGGGCAGCGAGGGAGACAGCGCGGCGGCGAGGAGAUCCAAGCGGCGGCGGGCGGAGAUGGCGGCGGAGGGGAAGACGAGGGUGGUGGUGGUCGGCGGCGGCAUCGCCGGAUCGCUCCUUGCCAAGACCAUGCAGCCCCACGCCGACGUCGUCCUCCUCGAUCCGAAGGACUAUUUAGAGAUCCCUUGGGCUGAAUUGAGAUCAAUGGUUGAACCCUCUUUUGCUGAGAGAUCAUUAAUCUAUCACAGAGAUUAUCUCACCAAUGCAACUAUUGUAACCUCUUCUGCAGUCAAUAUCACAGAACAAGCCGUGCUGACCGCUGAUGGUCAAUCUCUUGCGUAUGAUUAUCUAGUUAUAGCAACUGGCCACGCAUUAACUUCUCCUGGGAGCAGAAGCGAGAGGAUAAAAGAAUUCCAAAGAGAUAAAGGGAAGAUUGAAUCCUCCGAAUCAGUUCUGAUAAUUGGAGGCGGCCCAACUGGUGUUGAGCUAGCUGGAGAGAUUGCAGUAGAUUACCCAGAGAAGAAGGUGACCCUUGUCCAUAGAGGAUCACGGUUACUAGAAUUUAUUGGAGACAAAGCUUCCAAAAAGUGUCUUGAUUGGCUCACUUCAAAGAAAGUAGAUGUGCUUUUCCAGCAGUCGAUUGACUUGGAUUCAUUAUCGAACACAGAGAAGUUGUACAGAACAUCAGCUGGAGAAACAGUAACAGCUGAUUGCCACUUUGUGUGUAUCGGUAAGCCACUCAGUUCAUCAUGGCUACAUGAUACCAUUCUAAAGGAAUCCUUGGACAACAAGGGAAGACUAAUGGUGGAAAAGGAUUUAAGAAUAAAAGGUUAUAAUAACAUUUUUGCAAUUGGUGACAUCACAGAUAUUCCUGAAAUUAAGCAAGGUUACCUUGCCCAUAAGCAUGCUCUGCUAGUAGCAAAGAACUUGAGAUUAUUGAUUAAAGGUUCUCCUAACAGCAAACUGGAGACUUACAGCCCUGGAUUUGCAUUGGCACUUAUCUCUCUUGGAAGGAACGAAGGGUUGGCUCAGUUGCCGUUCCUCACACUCGGUGGCUGCUUACCAGGCAAGAUUAAAUCUCGAGAUCUGUUUAUUGGUAGGACAAGGAAGCAGAUGGGUCUAAAUGCUUGAAGUCUUUCUUUUCAAACAAAUAUGCUUCGCCCAUAUUGUGCUGUAUCUGCACAAGUAAAGAAUGAUGGUGUGAAAUUGUGAAUAGCAAUGGACUAUGUGCAUUUACUUUGUAUGCUGAGAUCUUUUGCCAUUGUAAUGGGUGUGACAAUCAAUUCAUGGAUUUGUUUGUUGGUUGGCAACUGAAUGCUACAUUUGCUUGUCUGUAAUGAUAUUAUUAUUGUCGGCGACGAAUAUUUGAUACCAAAA